AUGGCGAGGACGAUACAGAAGUUAAGAAAGGUGCCAAACUCUUAUUCAUGGAAUAAUUCCACUUAUGGAUUGUUCGGCAAUGGAGUUCUUAGAGUCUUAACAAGAUCAACUUUUGCAGCCAUCAGAUACUUCGUAUCAUGCACGUCAAAAGAAGAUUCAUACGAGUUGAACAGAAUGUUAACACAAUGUGAAGGUAGUAUAAGAUCCAUUAAGAAAAUGCAUGCUAAGAUCAUCAUUGGAGGUUAUGAGCAAAAUGUUUUUGUUGGGUCUAAGCUUAUUGCCAUCUAUUCUGGAUUGGGUCAAUUGUACAUGAAAGAUGCAAGGAAAGUGUUCGAUCAUUUGUCUGAAAGAGAUGUUUUCUUGUGGAACAUGAUGAUUCAAACAUACGCAAAUUCAGAUAUGUCUCCUGAAGCAUUGGAUGUGUAUAAAAAGAUGCGUGAACAAGGUAUGCUUCUCGAUAAGUAUACAUUUACGUUCGUUCUAAAGGCGUCCGGCAUCACAAAAGAUGAGAAAACAGGCUGCGUCAUCCAUGGACACGUAAUAAAAUGUGGAUUUUACUUUAAUUUGUUCGUUGGGAAUGCUCUGGUUGCGUUUUAUGCGAAAUGUGAAAUGAUCGAACCAUGUAUGAAGGUGUUCGAUGAAAUGCCACAAAGGGAUCUCGUUACUUGGAAUACUGCCAUUUCCAGUUGUGCUAACAAUGAUCGAAUUGCAAAAGCUCUUGAUCUUUUUCGUACAUUACUACAUGAACAGUCUCUUAGCUUACCAGAUCAUGCCACUCUCGUUAGCAUCCUUCCCGCUUGUGCUCAAGCAGCAGAAAUCCAAUUAGGGUUUUGGAUCCAUUGUUACACCAUUAAGACAGGUUUAAACAACGAUGCUAUGGUGGGAAGUGGUAUGAUCGCUAUGUAUGCAAAUAGUGGCCAUUUAGACUAUGCACGCCAAGUGUUUGAUGAAAUGCCUGAAAGAAACAUCAUGGUAUGGAACGCCAUGAUGAGGGGUUACGGAAUGCAUGGAAACGCGGAAGAAACACUCAAUCUUUUCUCAAACUUCUUGAAAGACGGUUUUACCCCCGACGGGAUUGUGUUUCUGUGCUUGUUAUCAACAUGUAGCCACGCGGGAUUAAUCGCAAAAGGGCGUGAAAUUUUCAAACAAAUGGAAGAUUACAAUGUGGAAAGAGGUCAAGAACAUUAUGCGUGUAUGGUUGAUUUGUUUGGGAGAGCAGGAUUGGUUAUGGAGGCGGUUGAGUUGAUUAAAUCCAUGCCAAUAGGGCCCGGGAAAAGUGUGUAUGGUGCUCUUCUUGGUGCUUGUAGGAUGCAUAAUUAUAUUGAACUUGGUGAAGUUGUGGCGGAGAAGUUGUUUUUGUUGGAUCCGAUGAGUGGCGGCCGGUAUGUGACGCUGGCGAAGUUGUAUGGCGGUGUUGGGCGGUUGAAGGAGGCUGCCGCUGUGAGGAAGAUGAUGGUGAAGAGUAAUAUCAAGAAACCGUUUGGGUAUAGUUCGGUGAAGGUGGAUAGUGUUGUUCAUACGUUUGGGGCGGAAGAUGAGAAUCAUGUAAGAAGAAUUGAGAUUUUUGAUACACUUGCGUGUUUGGAUAAAGUAAUGGCGGAAGAAAAUUAA